UGCUCAUCACGUGGUAGUGAACAUAAUAAACGUAGACGUAUCGAGUGACAAUGGCUGCUCCGGUUAAAAAACGAGAAAUUCAAGAAAAUGUCGUAAAACGGGAUGGUGACGAUGAACAAGAAUCUUCUGGUAGCGAGGAUGACGAGCAAGAACAAGUGGGAGAAUCGGGUUUGGAAAUUCAAGUAGAUUUUGAAGGACGCAAUCCGCAAGAUCCAGAUUAUCAUGGAAUUAAAACAUUACUGCAGCAACUUUUCUUAAAAGCACAUAUAGAUUUGGGUGGAUUAACCGAUUUUAUAAUCGCACAGAAUUAUAUAGGAUCUGUAGUGAAACAAUCCGAAGAUUUUGAAGGAUCUGACGAGGAAGAUGUAGAAGAUACUUUCGAUGUUUUUGGUAUUACGACAGUAAUAAAUAUAACUGAUAGACAGAAUCUUCCGUGCAUACAACAAUUAAGAGAUUUAUUGCAAGAAUUAUCUAGUGACCAUGCCACCGAUGCAGCUUACACUAUGAUAAAGAACGUACUUCAAAACGAUUCGCAACCAAUUGGUUUACUUAUUAACGAAAGAUUCAUUAACAUACCUGCCCAAAUAUCUAUACCCCUUUUCGAAAACUUAAUCUCAGAAAUGAAACGUGCGAACAGUAGGAAUAUGCCAUUUAACUUUUCAUACUACAUACUUAUUUGUAAAUUAUACAAAAUGGAGGAUAAAAAGAUUGGAACAAAAACAAAAAAUAACAAGAAGAAUAACAGUGCAACUCCAACGAUUAUAUGGAGCAAUCCGGAAGAAGAAAUAUUUGCUGAAAAAGCUUUGAUUAGUUUUGAAUUUUCUGUUGAAAACGAAUCAGAUAGUGGUUUAUCUGGAACAUGGACUGAAACUGACGAUGAAAUGAAGCCAUACAGACGAGUAUUACUAUUUGAAGCUUCAACGUUGCAAUCUAUAAUUAAUACAAUAAAAAACCAAUUAUCUUAAUCUUGAAUUAGAGUAAAUCUUUAUAUCACGAAACUCGCUUGGAUUUCUAUGAAAAUAUCAAUAUACUUUUCAUUGUUAAGGUAAUAAUAAGCUUUGAAAAAAACACUUUCAUACGUUUUUAAAAAAAAGAAAGAAAAGUAAUACAUGUAAUUUAGAUGAUACGCUGGUACGUGUAACGAGCUUUUCAUACUGCUUACUGCAAACUUUGAAAUACAUAUAUAAAUCUUUUCCUUGA